UUUUUUAUAAAAAAAAAAACAAUGGUUACUUGCAACAAGAAUUUAGCAGCAAGACUUAUAGCCGAAAUGUUAGGCAGCAUGCUUGUGCAAUGCAUUGGCUGCUGUUACAGUGGUCUGUCAGUUACUUCGGCCAGAUCAACACUUGAUCAGCUUUUCAACCCGGGUCGUGAAUAUGUGCCGAAGUUCCAGGGAACUAGCCUUGGAUACGCAUUCACAUGGGGUGGCCUAAUUCUCGCUGGAACAAUGGCAUUUCGAAUUGUAUCCGGUGCUCAUUUGAAUCCAAUAAUCUCGGUUGCAUCCAUUAUAAUUAGAAAUAUUAAGCUGGUGGAUGGUCUACUUUAUAUAGUAAUGCAAUUAGGGGGCUCCUGCCUAGGCUACUGCAUCGCUUUUGCUAUGUACGGCAAUUUGCUGUCAGAAACGCAAUUCUGUGUGACGGAAGUAUCGUCGGUAUGGUGGAUGGCAUUGGUUGUAGAAUUUUAUAUAAGCGGCGCUUGGGUUCUAGCUUUUUGUUCAUCGGUUCAUGAAAGCAAUCAGCCCCCAAAUGAAUCCGUAUCAUUGAAAAUCGGUUUCGUUGUCAUUUGCGCCACUCUCGUCGGAACACAAUAUUCUCAGUCCUGCAUGAAUCCAUUCCGAUCUCUUUGGCCCGCUCUCUUUCACGGAUUUUAUAAACAUAUCUAUAUUUAUGUGGGUAUUCCAAUUGGGGCUUCUAUAUCGCUGGCCUUUGCUUGGCGUUACCUCUAUUUGAUGAAUGCGGACGAGACUGUCAGCGGACCUGGAGGACCCGACAAAGAUUAAUGACCUUCAACUGCAGCUUUCAAGCCAAAAAAGAACACAAACCCAAAUUUUCAAAUUGCUUCAUCAAAUGCAGAUAUUCAAAUAUUUAUCAUAAAUUAUUUAAGUUGUAAUAAAAUCGUAGAAAACGUUUGGUCCUA